UUAAACAAAACGAGCGGCCCCGGUGUGAUCCCAGGUGCCGCGUCGCCCCCCCGCACACCGUCGUGCGGGGUCCGCGGGCUGCGGGACCGCGUGAGUGUGUCGUUUCAAUGUGACCCGCGUCCGCCAUACCGUUAGGACGCGGCUGCACGGCUGCAAUAGCUUCAGAGCGGCGCGCGCGUGGCGUGGGGCGCACGCGGCAGAGGAACGACACACUUCGACCGUCCGGCUCCAAGUCACUGCGAGCUCCCAACAGCGACUGAUACUGAAGGUACCGUUUACCUGCGCGACCUCAUUCGUCUUUUAAUUCGAUUUUUUAAUCGCGGGACUCGGUCUCGAGGCGUUGUCGUAGGCGACGAUGGCUGAAGAUGAACUGAAGGCCAAGCUCGAGAAGUACCGCACUGCUCCCUUCGACGCCAGGUUCCCUAACCAGAACCAGACCAGGAACUGCUGGUCCAACUAUGUGGACUACCACCGCUGCCAGAAAGCGCUGGAGGCCAAAGGAGCAGACAUCGCCCCCUGUGAUUGGUACCGGAGGGUCUACACGUCCAUCUGCCCCAUAGCCUGGGUCGAGAAAUGGGAUGAGCAGAGAGCAGACGGAACCUUCGCGGGAAGAAUCUAAGCCUGCCGUCCCACAAGCUGUUGGACUGCAACAAUGUAAUCGGUUCAGCUUAAAGUUUGUAUACGUGGUGGAAAACCACUUGGCCUCAUCACCAACCUUACACCACUAAUGGUCUCUCCUGGGAGAUCUCUGAAUCUGAAUGGUCAUUCCUUACAAAUACAGUGAAAUGUACAGCAGAAUCUGCAUUAAAAUAUCUCAGGAUAUAUUUAUGGA